CUAUCCCGUCCCGCCUUGCGAAUUUGUAGGCAGCGAUUUCGACGGCCGCCUUGGAGGAAUUUCGCUUAGUGGACCGACCAUGGCUGACGUGCUGGACCUUCACGAGGCUGGGGGCGAGGACUUCGCCAUGGACGAGGACGGCGACGAAAGCAUCCACAAAUUGAAGGAAAAGGCGAAGAAAAGAAAAGGCAGAGGCUUUGGGUCAGAGGAAGGUUCCAGAGCCCGAGUUCGCGAGGAUUACGACAGCGUGGAGCAAGACGGGGAUGAACCGGGACCUCAGAGAUCGGUAGAAGGUUGGAUCCUCUUUGUCACGGGGGUCCACGAGGAGGCUACGGAGGAGGACAUCCACGACAAGUUCGCUGAGUUUGGGGAGAUCAAGAACCUCCACUUGAAUCUUGACCGGCGGACAGGAUAUCUGAAGGGUUACACGCUGGUGGAAUACGAAACCUACAAAGAAGCCCAAGCAGCGAUGGAGGGCCUGAAUGGACAGGAUCUGAUGGGGCAGCCUAUCAGCGUGGACUGGUGCUUUGUCAGAGGGCCUCCGAAAGGAAAACGAAGGAGUGGCCGCAGAAGAAGCCGGAGUCCUGAUCGAAGACGGCGUUGAACGAGGCCUCCGUCGGUGUUUAACCCACAGACUGGAUUCAGAUGUGGGAGGGCGCAAUCGGAUAAUGCUACUGUAGCAUGGAGUCUUGGCAAAAGGGAAGGAGAGGUUCUCGUUUAGUUGCCCUAAUUGCCACCUGUUUUAAUUUUGGAUUUGCCUAAUCGUUUUAUAUUCCCCCUCCCCCUUUGAACUGUUGUAGUAAGUGACUUGAGAUUUGCACCCUUUGAAUCCCAUCCUCUUUUCUGUGAUUGUAAACAUAAUUUUUGUUUAAAUCCUGUAAACAGUGUAAAGCAAGGGUGUCCAAAACUUGGGAACUUUGAAGACGUGUGGACUUCAACUCCCAGAAUUCCCCAGCCGGCU